CAGUCUCUCGCAACUGAGCUCUGGUUUCAGAAUGGCAACAAAACUUCCAUUUCUCGUACCCCACCAAACUCCCACCUCCCCACCGCCUUUUGAAUCCCAACGCUCUCGUUUUCCUUAUUCCCGCCAAAAUCUUCUCUCAAUCUCUCCAACAACCAGAAUCUUUUCAGUUUCAAGUGAUCAAUCAGCAUCCUCAUCAUCACUAUCUCUAAACAAAAGUAAUGUCUUUCUCUCGCCUCCUUUCCCUAAUCCUUCCGAUCAGACCCGAAAUGUUACCGUCAGAUCCCAGAUAAAUUUCCCCCUCAUUUCUCCCCACGACCAAUGGGGCACGUGGACUGCCCUCUUCGCUACCGGCGCUUUCGGUAUCUGGUCAGAGCGGACCAAGAUUGGUAGCGCAUUGAGUGGGGCGCUAGUCAGCACUUUGGUUGGUCUCGCAGCUAGUAAUUUGGGGAUUAUUUCAUGUGAAUCCCCUGCGUACAAAAUUGUGUUGGAGUUUUUGCUCCCCUUAGCUGUUCCAUUGUUGUUGUUUAGAGCUGACUUGCGUCGCGUGAUUAAGUCCACGGGGGCCCUUCUAUUAGCUUUCUUGCUGGGAUCAGUUGCAACAACAUUUGGAACAGCAUUGGCAUUUCUGAUUGUCCCAAUGCGGUCACUUGGUCAAGAUAGUUGGAAAAUAGCAGCUGCCCUCAAGGGUAGACACAUUGGCGGAGCUGUAAAUUAUGUUGCUAUUUCCGAUGCUCUUGGUGUUUCUCCAUCAGUUUUAGCUUCUGGAUUAGCUGCAGAUAAUGUUAUUUGUGCAGUAUAUUUUACGUCAUUGUUUGCGUUGGCUUCUAAAAUACCGGCCGAAUCUUCACCACCAACCACUGAUGUUUCAAUGGAUUAAGAAUCCAACCCUGGUGGCAAAAUUCCUGUUCUGCGGUUUGCUACAGCGCUUGCUGUAACCUUAGCUAUCUGCAAGGCUGGUACUUAUCUCGCGAAAUAUUUUGGCAUUCAGGGAGUUAGCCUGCCGGCCAUAACAGCUAUUGUUGUUAUUUUAGCAACUGCACUUCCAGCUCAAUUUAAUAAACUUGCACCAGCUGGUGAGGCUAUGGCUCUAAUUCUAAUGCAGGUAUUUUUUACGGUAGUGGGUGCAAGUGGUAACAUAUGGAAUGUCCUCAACACGGCUCCAAGCAUUUUCUUGUUUGCUCUUGUCCAGAUAUCUAUCCAUCUCGCUGUGAUCCUUGGAUUAGGAAAGCUAUUCCGAUUUGAUAUGAAGCUGUUGCUUAUAGCAUCAAAUGCAAAUGUCGGAGGCCCUACAACUGCAUGUGGAAUGGCCACGGCCAAAGGUUGGAGUUCUUUGAUUGUUCCUGGUAUUCUUGCUCGCAUUUUUGGAAUUGCCAUUGCAACUUUUCUUGGCAUUGCCUUUGGAGUGACAGUCCUAAAAUACAUGUAGAACCUGCAAAAGUCUAUUCUUUUGGUAUCAGGCUCAUAAAUAACAUUUGUGAACUUCACUUUCAAUGCAUAUUGCUGUUGAUUUGCGAAGUCUCUGUUGAAGAGGACUGUUUAGAAAGAUUUGUACCGAAUGAAUCAAAACAUUAACAUGAUCCUCAAGGGACAAAUCUGCUUUGAAGAGAGGAAAUCCAACCUUAAAAAGAUAAUAUGAUUUAAGUCUCAAUGAGAUGUAGGCGUACCCAAUUAUUCAU